AUGCAAGCGGGCUACGAGGAGGAGCGGGACUCGAGUGAGGACUUUGAGAUCGUCUUGAACGACGAGCAAGAAGUUCCCGAGACUGCUGAUUUGUUAGAGGCUUAUGCCUUGGAUUGUGAUGCUUUUAGCGAUAAGCCUUGGCGACGGCCGGGUGAGGAUAUAACGGACUACUUUAAUUAUGGCUUUACCGAAUCGACUUGGGCUGAGUACGUGAGUAAGCAGAAGAGGCUAAGGGAGGAGCAUCCUAAUCGGGCUCGGAAACGGGAUAAGGAAUGGGCUCCUCGCACACGGCGUCGUUAA